AUGAAGACCUUCCUCAUCCUUGCCCUCCUUACCGUGGUGGUAACCAUGGCAAAUGCCACGGUGCAGCUUGACCCUAGAGAACAACCAUUUCCACAACCACAACAACCAUUUCCGCAGGAACAACAACAAUUUCCCGAGCAGCAACAACCAUCCCUGCAACAACAACCAUCCCUGCAACAACAACCCUCUUUCCAGCUAAUUCUACAACAAGAGUUGAACCAGUGCCGAGAGUUCCUCGUGCAGCAGUGCAAACCACUGGCAAUUGUGUCGUUCCUUCGGCCGAUCUUUCAACAGAGCAGCUGCCACGUGAUGCAGAAACAAUGUUGCCGGCAACUGGCGCAGAUUCCCAAGCAGCUUCGAUACCCUGCCAUACAUAGCGUGGUGCAGGCCAUCAUCAUGCAACAACAACAACAACAACAACAACAACAACAACAACAACAACAACAGUUCUUCCCACCUCAGCAGGUGGAUCAAGGCUUCUUCCAGCCUCAGCCACAACAGGUGGGCCAGAGCUUCAUCCAACCACAACAGCUAGCUCAGUUCGAGGCGAUGAGGAAGUUUGCGCUGCAGACCCUGCCAACGAUGUGUAAUGUGCAGGUCCCGAUGUACUACCCCACCACCCCGUCCAGCCGUGUCUUUCUCUUUUUAGAAGACUACAAGAGCUCUAGUACUAGAUAG